CGUGGUGCUUCUGGAGACUUUUCCCAGCUGCAGCGGCACUGAGAGGAAGGUCGAGUCCCCCAGCCAGGUUUAGAGGCGCCGCAAGCAGCGUUCUAAUAUAUGAUAGUUUUGCUCAGUAUCUGGUAACGGAGAAGGGUUAUGACAAAGAGUUGCUGAAUAUAACUCCAGAGAGCUUAGACUUCUGUUGUAAAGGCUUGGUGUUUGACUUUGAAGAUGGAAACUUCCUGAAACUUGCAGAAGAUGGAACAGUGUUGAGGGCAAGCCAUGGUACAAAGAGCAUGACAUCUGAAGAGAUCCUGGAGACUUACGGAAGGAGGGAAUGGAAGCAUUUUAGUGCAGUCAGUGGAAUGCUUUCCUGCUCAGGUACUAAAUACUAUUUGUAUGAUAAUUAUUUUGACCUACCAGGAGCCCUCCUUUGUGCAAGGGUUGUGGACAGCUUAGAUCAGCAUGAUGGGCAGAAAAAAUAUGACUUUUGGAAGGACAUGGUGGCUGCGAUCCAGCAUAAUUAUAAAAUGUCAGCUUUUAAAGAAAACUGUGGGACAUAUUUCCCAGGAGUGAAAAAUGACCCAGAUAAAUAUUUACAAAGAUGUCCCGAGUCUGUAAAAAAGUGGCUAAAACAACUGAAGAAUGCUGGGAAGAUUCUGCUAUUAAUUACCAGUUCUCACAGUGACUAUUGCAGGCUCCUGUGUGAACAUAUUCUUGGGCAUGAUUUUGAAGACUUCUUUGACAUUGUGAUCACAAACGCUUUGAAACCUGGUUUCUUCUCCCAUACACCAAACCAAAGACCUUUCCGAACUCUUGAGAACGAUGAAGAGCAGGAAGCUCUGUUAUCCCUAGAUAAGCCUGGCUGGUAUUCCCAAGGUAAUGCUAUCCAUCUUUAUGAACUACUGAAGAAGAUGACCGGCAAGUUGGACCCCAAGGUUGUUUAUUUUGGUGACAGCAUGCACUCGGAUAUUUUCCCAGCUCGUCACUAUAGCAACUGGGAAACUGUCUUCAUCUUAGAGGAGCUUCUAGGGGACAAAGUUGUGGUGCCUGCAGAGACUGAGUCUGAGCCCUUGGAGAAGAAAGGAAAAUAUGAGGGACAUUCCCCUGAAGCUCCUUACUCUGUAUCUAAACAGUGGGGCUCUUUCUUCACGGACAGCUUGCCAGGCUUGGGAAAUGCUGAAGAAACUUUACUUAGCACAUGGUCCUGUAAAUGCAUUAGCACUUACAGCACUAUUGCAAUCCCUAGUCUUGAAGCAAUAGCAGAUUUACCACUGGAUUACAGAUUUACACGAUUUUCCUCAAAUAACUCAGCAACUGCUGGUUACUACCCAAGCCCUCCAAGAGUACUGCUGCCUGCUGAGGAGUCAGUGUCUGUGAAAUAGGUUGUCUGCCUUUCCUUAAGCAACCUUGUGGUCCUUACUUAACUACUUAACUACUUAACUAAUGUUAGUUGGUGGAAAUGCUGUGUGAUGCUUCAUAACAUAGAAUGUGAUGCUUCAUAAAAUAGAAUGAUAGUUUAAAAGCAGCCUCCUGUGUAGCUUUGUGUUUCACUUGUUUCUGUAGUCCAGCUGGAACAGGUGAGCAACACAUACUUCUCUGUAAAUCUUUUCACCACCACUACCUGUUACAAAGUGUUAUUGGCUUUUCCAUGCACUGCCUAAAUGCUGUAAGACAAGUGUACUAAUAAUACCUCAUCCCAAGUUACACUUAAAUUUAUGCUUUUCAAGGACAUUCUCUCUAUUUAAGGUGAUCCUGCUGCUACUGUAAGCCCUGGGAAAGACCUGAAACUAGACCCUGAGCCACAUCCCAUUAAGAGUUAUCUUGGACAGCCCAGGUGAUCGUAGUAGUUGGGUGUUUUGCAAGCUCUAAGGAAGUUAUUCUCCCCGUAUCUAAACAAAGAAGAGAAGUACAAUAACUGUUCUUGGAGAUACAGAAAGACUGUGACCCGAACUGAUCUUUUGGUAACAAAAAGAUGCUUCGUAUUCAAAAAGAGACUUGAGUGGAAUUUAGGCAGCUAAUGCAGAAUUAGAGUCCUCAAAACCUUUGUUGAAUGCUUCCUAUUC